AUGGCUGAUUGGUGUCCGAUAGCCAAAGUUUACGACCCGCUUAAGGCUGGCAGCAUCGAUGGCACAGACGUGGAGCCCCAUGACCGGGCGGUAUGGAGGGCCAUGUGUGCCCGUUACAAACCCAACAAGGGCGUUGUUGGGGACCCAUUGCUCACAUUGUUUGUAGCGCGUUUAAACCCCCAAACAACGGAGGACAAGUUGCAGAAAGUGUUCUCCAAGUACGGAGACAUUCAGCGUCUUCGACUGGUCCGGGAUAUUGUGACCGGGUUCUCUAAAGGCUACGCCUUCAUUGAAUACAAGGAGGAACGCUCCGUGACUCGUGCCCGUCGGGACGCUAACAAACUGGUGGUGGACCAGCACGAAGUGUUUGUGGAUUUUGAACAGGAGAGAACCCUCAAGGGAUGGCUGCCGCGGCGUCUUGGCGGCGGGCUUGGAGGCAAGAAGGAGUCCGGACAGCUUCGCUUCGGCGGCAGGGAUCGGCCUUUCCGUAAACCCAUCAACCUGGGAACCGGACCGGUGCCGGAACGGGGAAGUGACACCGGGAGAAGCUGGGACAGAGGAUGGCCGAGAGGCAGGGAGGACCGGUACCGAAGCAGAGAGCCGGACUGGGGCAGCAGAGACAGGCGAGAUUACCGGGACAGAGAGAGGGACGACCGCAGGCACCGAGACAGGAGAUGA